AUGGAUAGAAUUUUCAUAGAUGUUAUGUUAGAACAACAAGUUAAUAGUAACCGAAUAGGUGGCACUUUCACAUCUACUGCGUACAAAGAUAUGGUUGUCAUUUGUAGUGAAAAAAUUGAAAUCCCAUUGACAAAGGAUAAUUUGAAGAACAUAAUUAAAACACUAAAAAGUCAUUUCAAUUCAUGUUAUGAUUUGUUUAAGAAUGCAAGCGGAGUUCAACGACAUGCUGAAAGUAGAAGAUUUGAGGCCGAGGAGGUAGUUUGGAAGCAACUUAUUGAUGCUAAUCCAUCAAUCAAGAAGUGGAGAUAUACCCCCGUACCUCAUUAUGAGAAGAUGUUAGAGUUGUUUGCUCAUGAUAGGACAAAUGGUCAAAGAGCUUCUAUUGCUUCAGAAAGAAAUUUUGAAAUUACUUUAGAGGAAGGACAAAGAGAUCUAGAUGAUGAACAUGAGAAUUUUGAAGCGAUCCCUGAUAGUCCACCAUUUGACGAUCGAUCAAUGAAGCGGAAGCAUGCAUCUAUUGAUGCAUAUGGCAGUAAGAAAAAUUCAGUCAUCGACAUUAAUGUCAAGGAAGUUGUUGCUGCAAUUGAUCGUUCAACUUCAGUGAUUGAAAAUAGGCCAUUUCGCUAA